CUUAAUGAAUAUUAAAAGAAAAAAAAAUUGCUUAGUGAACGAAAAGUAUAUGCAAAACUAAAAAAUAGUUAUAUGAUUAGCUUAUGUUUCAUUUAACUGUAAUAGUAACAUUGCUAUGCGUUGCCUUUGUUGAAACACAUGCUUGGCAAUGGACGAAACGAAUAAUUAGUGGUGAAGAGACUUUCAUUAGAUCGCAUCCUUAUCAAGUAUCCAUUCAAACUAAAGCAAACGAACAUAUUUGUGGUGGAUGUAUAAUAAAUAAAUUUAUCGUUUUAACUGCGGCUCAUUGCUUUGAUGACAUAGAACCCCAUGAAACAAAAGUCCGCUUAGGUUCUACCUAUUACUCGAAGGGAGGUCGUUUAGUAGGAGUUAAAAAUUUUACCCUGCACUAUAGGUACAAGUUUUCAAUAGUACCAAUUUACGAUAUCGCUAUAUUAAAAAUAAGCAAACCUGUUUAUCAAACGAAAAACGUACGCUAUAUAAAAUUGGCUAAAAAGAGACCACGCACAGGCGCUCGAGCGGUGGUGUCUGGUUGGGGUACAACAGUUUUUGGAGCGAACGGUACAUCUGCACAUCUUCGAAAAGCUACCGUACGCUAUAUAGAUAGUAAAGAUUGUGCGUCAUUCGGCCGGAAUAUUUAUAGGGUCUUCAUAACUGAAACUAUGAUUUGCGCUGAAACCUUAGAUCAAGCUGCUUGUGCUGGUGAUUCCGGUAGUCCUUUAGUAGUAAAAGGCGAGCUGGUGGGUAUAGCAUCGUGGGGUGCUGGUUGUGGAGCCCAAAAUUUUCCCGAUGUUUACACUGACGUUGUAGCGUUACGGUAUUGGAUAAAGAACGCUUUAAAAACACUAAUUAAAAGAGAAAACUCAGAAAAGCAAAAUAAACAAAUAGCUUCAAAAUAUAACAUGAAUUCUGAAAACAGAAUUGAAUAGUCAAGCUGUAUAUAGAAUUUAAACAAUCUCGACUCGUAAACCGCAGCUGGAGGUGGAAGGCA